ACCAUUGGAUUUGUACAUGUUUUCACCACCAGACUUUAAAAAAGGCCAUUGUAAACUUGCUUAAAGUUGACAGCCCACCAAUAGACGAAGCAAGGUUUUACGUCUACGACAGCUUCGCGAUCGUAAAUCAAAUUCUAUCACUCCUCUCCAUUCCUAUGACCGCCGCAGGUCCACAUCCUACUGCAGAAUUCGAAUUUCCGGAUGACCAUUCAAAUCACACUCGACCUCCAUCUUCUUGCGCCUCAACUAUAACUGAAAAGUACAUACCGCCGGCGGUCCCUUCGCCUCCGCGAUUGUCAAAUCAUCACCUACCUCCCGAACAACCUUUCCGUCAAACAAAACACGCAUUGAUAACAGAAAUGUCGACUAAAGUUCCCGAUCAAUGGCUCUUCACAGAGGCAGAGCUUAAAGCCACUCCAUCUAUCCUCGAAGGUCUCUCGCCCGAGGAAGAGCGUAUUCGCAGAGCAAAAGGCGUUUCUUUCAUGUCAUCAAUCGGAAAUAUGCUACAUAUCCCUAUGACCACUGUGAGCGUCGCAAGUCUUUACUUUCACCGUUUCUAUAUGCGCAGAAGCAUGGUUUUAGACAAAAAGGGUUGCACCGGAAUUCAUCACUAUGAAAUUGCAGCGACAGCUUUAUUCCUCGCGACAAAGACCGAAGAGACUAUACGAGGAACCAAACAAUUCAUCUUCUCCUGUAUCAAGAUAGCUCAGAAGAAUCCGAAGCUCGAAGUUGAUGCUAGCUCGAAAGAAUAUUGGCGAUGGCGUGAUAGCAUUCUAAUGUAUGAGGAGCUUAUGUUGGAGCUAUUAUGUUUCGACCUCUCUGCGACAUCUCCGUUAAAAUACCUUGUGGGUUUCUUUGAAGAAUUUACAAAGGUUGGUGUUGAGUCUGCGAUAAUCAAAGAACUCAGGAAUUAUACAUGGGCAUUGAUCUGCGACACACACCAUUCAACUUUAGGGCUCUUAACAAGCCCUCGGAUUAUUGCAAUCACAACUCUUCUAUUCGCCGCGACUGCUAAAAAAUGCGAAAUUCCCCAGAUAGAUGGUAAAGAUUGGUGGGAGCAUCUUGAGGGCACUGAGCCUCAAAUCGUUGAAGCUGGACUAAUAUUGCAUAAAUUCCUAAGCAACAGUCCUUUUCAGAUUACGGACCAAGAUCAACCCGGAAACGCGGCUGCCAAAUAUCUUCAUGCUUCAAGUGGGAAAGAAGAUCGAAAUGGUGCUGAUAAUGCUGUAAAGUCUGAGCAUACUCCAAAUAAAAAUGGCAACGGUCAUGUCCAUGGGAAUGGAACAGAUGUUUCGGAGCAAAAUUCCCAGUCAGACCCUGAGCCUCGUGAUAGCCAGCCCAAAGAAAAGCUUGAAAAUAGUCAGCCAGAUAGCAAGUCACACACCUCAAUGAAUGAUGAAUCUCGACCUUCGCCUACCUCUGGGACAGAUGAUGCUCCAUUAAAAGCAGCCGCCAAUGAUCUUUCAAGCCAUAAACAGACCACAUCUGCAAAUGAUGUUUCGUCAAAUAUCGAUCCUGGCACAAUAGUCAGCCCAAAACGCAAGGCAGAUGAACAAAUAGAAGAAGUGCCGUUAGCAAAGCGAGCAAGAAGAGAAAAUACUAGCUCUGAAACUCUUGCAGCUUUGAACGAUGAGAGCACACUACCGGACGAGAGUCAAGAUACUGUACAAAAUGACAAAGACGAUGCACCCAAAGACAAGGAACUUGACUCCGAGCUUGAAUCUAAAACCGCUGUUGUGGCAACUGAGACCGACGCCGGUACAGAAGAUCAGCAAGAAGAAGGAGAGGUAGAGCAAUAACAAUUAUAAUCACGUUACUCGGCUCGACCAUGGUGUUUUUGGGUCAUUUCAUGUACUAUUGGAUUAGGGAAAGAUAUGGAGUUCAUGGGAUAUACAAUUUUUAUCGAGAGAAAAGCCUCUCGUGGAGUUUGGUUCAGACAUGUGACGGGCAAAUAUGAGGUGUACAAAUAUUGGGCGGGUGGAGGAACAUUACGCGAACAAUAUGAAAACACGAAUAGCAAAGCCUGUCAGGAAAUAUUUCUUACUAGUGCGUUAAUCAUAUGGCUCUGUACAUUGAGUUAUCAUAUAGACAUACUACAUUAUUGAAAUUAUUGAAAGGCUCUGUCCAUAUUCGUAGUACCCCUCAAUAUUCCAGUUCAAAUUCGACAAUCAAAUCCCCCUUCGAAUUCAAAUCGUGUCGCGAUCCCCCUUGUCCAAGUGACACCUUGAUAAUCGGCUCCUAAUUAAGCGAACUCCUCCUCUCCGUAGACACUUGAUAGGAGGCACAGAACUUGUCCAAUCGGGCCCGACAUCAUGAGUAUACGGGGGAUAGGGAUCACCUUCGUUCUUCCGUCGAAUGUGUUCCCCAUUUCGACGCAUUCCUAGAGCCAACCUCCAGUUAAAAGCGCGUACUAACUCCUCCACUA